UUUUUUUUUUGUUACCAAAAUAUUUAGUAUUAUAAAAGUUAAAAAGCUCAAGAAACUAUUCUGCUUACUCUCCGUGUGUUUCGUUGUAAUUUUGAGCAUUUUAAUUAAUUUCUGUUAAUCUAAAUUAUGGCGUUGAAUCUGACGGUUAAAGUGCACCCUGUUGUAUUGUUCCAAAUUGUUGAUGCUUAUGAGCGUAGACAUGUCGACGCUCAUCGAGUAAUUGGAACAUUGAUGGGAACGGUCGACAAAGGCGUAGUUGAAGUGACAAAUUCUUUUGGCGUCCCUCACAAAGAAUAUGAAGACACGGUGGAAGCUGAUAUUGUAUAUGCUGCAGAUAUGUUUAAAAUGAAUCAAAAAGUCAACAGAUCAGAACAGAUUGUUGGUUGGUGGGCUACUGGUAAUGAGGUGACUACUCAUUCUUCGACAAUUCAUGAAUACUAUUUGAUUGAAUGUAAUAAUCCAGUGCAUAUCACUUUGGACACAACAUUGAAGAAUGAUAAUAUGGGUUUGAAGGCAUAUAUUAGUACACAAAUCGGUGUUCCUGGUGGUAAAACUGGAAAUAUGUUCAUCAAUGUUCCAAUUGAAGUUACAUGUUAUCAACCUGAAACUGUUGGAUUAAGCCUGUGUCAAAAAACAGUGGCUGUUGGACAAAAAUGUCAAGAACCAAUUGCUGAAUUAGUUCAGAUAGAAGAAGCUUCAUCAAAAAUCUCAGAUCUUUUGGAUGUAGUUUUAUCAUAUAUUGAUAAAGUGUUAGCAUCCAGUGAAUACAAUGCUGCCGACAACAGUCAUAUUGGUCGUAUGUUACUCGAUCUUAUGCAUAGCGUUCCCCAUGUAUCACCUGAACGAUUUGAAGAAAUGUUCAACUCUAAUGUUAAGGACUUAUUGAUGGUUAUUACUUUAUCUCAACUGACUAAGACACAACUAGAGCUCAACGAAAAACUUACAUUGCUUAGUUUGUCAUAAGUGUACUAUAUAUAAUACUAUUAUUAUUAUUAGCCACUGCAAAAUAAUUUUAUAACUUCAUUUUACAUACAUUUCAUCAAAUUUAUUUUGUUACACUGUAACUAAUUCAAUUCAAGGUAUAAACAAUAAUUAAAAGAAUACUGUAUUUA